GGUGUAAAUGUUAUUUGUUCUCCUAAUUAUUGAUUAUUUAUUUAUUUUUGUAUAUAUAAAUAUAAAGGUAAUCAAUUUGCGUAGAGAUAACGAUUUCAUUCAAUGAAAGUAUUGAUUUCUCAUUCAUUUGAUAUCAUUUAAUUCAUUAAGAAUGUCAAGAUCAUAUCCAGCGGAUACAAGAUCACAAAAAGUUUUAGAAGAAUUAUAUGAAAAAGAAACUAUAUCACAAUUGAAUUGGUUUUUAAAAUGUCAAGAAGCUAAGAAAUUAGAUGAUUCCACUUUAUUGACAACAUCAAGUAUGAUGAAUAGAUCUGUGCCGAAUAUAUCAACUAUUUUAUCAAAAUUAAAUCUAAAAGAUAAUGAAAAAGAUCUUAUGAAAGAAUCGAAUGAAAUUGUUUCCAAUGAUGAUACUGAUGAUAAUAAGAUAAUAGAAGGAGAGAAUAAACAAGAAUUAACUAUUGGACCAGAUAUGUUUAAACCAUCACCAGAAGUAUUGAAAUUAUUAUAUGAAGGAAUAUCAAAAGAAGGUAAAGGACGGAAUCUUUAUCUUCAUGAUCGUUAUAAAUUAAAUUUAGAAGAUAAAUUCCAAUUUCCUGUACUUAGUUCAAUGGAAUAUGGUUGGGGUCAUGCUGAUUUAAUUAGUAAAUCAACUGCACAAUCUAGAAAAUUUGGACGUCAAUGUGUUAUUGAAGAUUCAUUUUAUCGACGAACUGGGAUACCAUUUAAACAUGGAGCUGGAAUGAUUGGAUUAGAUAAAUAUAGUUUUUAAAAAAGGACAUUUACACCAUUAUAACUCAUAAGGAAGCUUUUUUGUUUAAUUUUAAUAAAUUUGUAACCUUCAACUCUUCAGGUCAAACAAUCUAAGGUGACUAAUUAGUUAUUUCACUCAAUAAUAACCCAUACAUAUCAAACGUGUAAAUUCUGUAUUAUUAUUUUAUUGUUGUAUUUGAACUACUAAUAAUUUUAUAAGUAGCAUAAAUGUAUUACGUAUUUUUCAUGUUGAUUAUUAGUAUUUCUUGUGUCAGUUCAAAAUUUCAUUGCUCUAAUGAGUUAAUCAUAUUGUUAUUAAAAUUAAAAAGAAUAGAUACGAUUAUACUCCACUGA